GGGCCCGGGCGGACCGGUCCCGCCGCGCAGCACCCGCGGCCGGGCGGCGCUCGGCAGCCUCGCCCGGCUGCUCUGGGCUCGGGCACGGAGCAGGAAGGCACCGGCAGGGCGGCGGAGGCAGGGAGGGAGCUGCGCUUCGUGUGGUGCAGGGGGACGCCUGAAGGAACAGCGCGAAGUUUGGAAGAUCAGCAAUUAACAGAAACCAGGUGAAAAACUGGCCACAUAGUGACUGAACGUGUAAGAAAAGAAUCUAAACGAGAUCUUCCGAGUUUGUUAACAGCCUACAAUUGCACAGCUCGGGGAGGAUCUUUGUUACACAUUCUGAAGAGCAGCUAACGUUUUCACAAGAGUGUAAUCGUGUUGCCUAAGAUUUGAUACCAGCUGUAGAUGGCUCAGCUUCCUCCUGGGAUUCGCUUCAUUACUUCAUUUUCACGAGAUCAGUGGUAUAGAGCCUUCAUUUUCACUCUCACCUUCUUCUUGUAUGCCAGCUUCCAUUUAUCAAGGAAACCUAUCAGUAUAGUUAAGGGAGAGCUGCAUAAGCAUUGUGCUGCUUCGCGUGAAGUUGAACUCAGCUCCUACAGAGAAUAUGCUGCCCAGAUUCAGCCUGUCAAAAAGCCAUCUAAUGCAUCUCAGUGCGGCUGGGAACCAUUUGAUAAGAAUAACUACAAGCAGUUACUGGGAGCACUGGAUUACUCAUUCCUGUGUGCAUAUGCAAUUGGAAUGUACUUAAGUGGGAUAAUAGGAGAACGGCUACCUAUCCGGUACUAUCUGACAGUUGGAAUGCUUGCUAGCGGACUCUUCACUGCAAUGUUUGGAUUGGGUUAUUUCUAUAAUAUACAUAACCUGUGGUUUUACAUAAUGGCCCAGAUAGCUAAUGGGUUGGUGCAAACUACUGGCUGGCCAAGUGUCGUUACAUGUAUUGGCAACUGGUUUGGAAAAGGAAGGAGAGGAUUGAUCAUGGGAAUCUGGAAUUCGCACACUUCGGUGGGAAAUAUCUUGGGAUCCUUAAUUGCUGCUUAUUGGGUGUCUACGUGCUGGGGUCUCUCCUUUGUGAUGCCUGGUGUUAUCAUUGCAGUGAUGGGAAUAUUUUGUUUCCUCUUUCUUAUCGAACAUCCUAAAGAUAUAAGUUGCUCCUCCACGCCAUCCAGUAGUUCUAAAGCCUUCCUGAAUGGUGCAUCUCGAUUCAGAGUCCACAUGCCAACCUUAAAUGCUAAGGAAGCCAGCAAGCCUCAGGACCCAGAGAUGCAGCAUUUGCUUAUUGACACUGAAAACUGCACGGCAUCACCGAACUCGAGCAGUGCAGUCACUGGGGAAGGUAGACAUGGGACAUCAGCUAUCAGCUUCCUUGGGGCCUUGCGAAUACCUGGAGUCAUAGAGUUCUCCCUUUGUCUUCUGUUUGCAAAACUGGUGAGCUAUACUUUCCUCUUCUGGCUUCCCCUCUAUAUCACAAAUGUGGAACAUCUUGAUGCCAAAAGAGCUGGGGAUCUUUCUACAUUGUUUGAUGUGGGUGGAAUCUUUGGUGGAAUUUUGGCAGGCCUGAUUUCAGACAGGCUAGAGAAGAGGGCAUCGACCUGUGGAAUGAUGCUAUUGCUGGCGGCACCCACAUUGUACAUGUUCUCUGCAGUCAGUAAAAUGGGCCUUGAGGCUACUGUAGUGAUGCUGCUUAUCAGUGGUGCCCUGGUGAACGGACCUUAUGCACUGAUCACCACUGCCGUCUCUGCUGACUUGGGUACCCAUAAAAGUCUGAAAGGGAAUGCAAGAGCCUUGUCCACAGUGACAGCAAUCAUCGAUGGAACAGGAUCUGUAGGUGCGGCUUUGGGGCCUCUCUUAGCUGGUCUCAUUUCCCCAUCUGGUUGGAACAACGUGUUUUACAUGCUCAUGGUGGCAGAUGCAUGUGCCUUGCUAUUCUUACUCCGUCUUAUUCAGAAGGAACUUCGGUGUAAUGCAGAUCAUACCCUGUUUAAAGAACACUGAGCUGAGAGACCAGAUUUGGAAGAAUGACUGUGUAAGUGACCAGAGCGCUCCCCUGAAAAAAACUUUGUGGAAUGUGUUAUUCUAUACUUAAGAGAUUCUAUUUGGUGAAGAAUUUUUGCACGUUUACUGGAAGCAAUUUGAGAAACGCAACUGGUAAAUCCCUGAAGCUCUUAUUUUUGCACAUGAAUAAGUACCUCAGGAUGGCAACUAUUCAUCAGAUGGAGGGACAGGAACUUUGGGAAGCUUUUAGCAGAGCGCCUCAACUGAGCCAAAGAGAAAUACCAAGUGCCUUUUUAUUUCUUUUGAUAGGAUGUUUUUAAUUAAAGUGCUGUACUGUGUGUUUUCCAAAAACAAGUCAGAAGUAGAGCAGAAGGAUGUUGAAAUCAUAACAGACAGUCUAGCAGUGAAAUGUCCCUGUGUCAGUGAGCAAAGUAUCCCUUAUGUUAUCGUGUGCAUCACUGUGAUCGAGGGCAUCACAUUAUAGAGGGCAAGACCAGCUGGUUAUUAAUGUACACUGCUAUUAGGAUUUCAAAGCUGUUCAGACAAUAAUAACCUCACCAUAUUAUUAGUUUUUAACUAUAGCACAAAUUCUAAUCCCAAGGACAACAUCCAACCUUUCGGUAGGUAAUGAAAUGGAAUUUACAGUUGCAGUGUACCACAGUUAGUGGUUUUCACAGGCUCUCCGGGUAGAUGUUAGUCCUCAGUUAGGAUUGUGCAAAACGGAGUCCCAAGCAACAAGAAGAAGUAGGUUAUGAGUCAGAAUUUCCAGUGGGGGGCUCUAACGAUUUUCAGGGCAUUAUAAACUGGUAGUGCAAACGUCACAUAAUUGUUGUGCUGCUCCUCUAGGCUGGGUUGAAAUGACAGGUGGUUCCUUUGGGGUGGCAAAGAACUGUAUGCUGCCACACUUCAGCAUUACAGGAUUGAAAAGAGUAGCUGCUUUAGUGCCCAGUGCCACAAUGAUCUUUGUUGGGUACUCCGGUGGUGUUGUGUGCACUUGGAAGUCAUUGUCAGAUCAGGGCCUCAAUAACCAGAAAUCUCUUUCAAGCGGCUAAUUUCAAGUGGCUUUGAGUUUCAGAUUCAGAGCCAAAAUAUGUAUGUAUAUAUAAGAGAAGAAAAAUUACCUAGGUGGUAGGUUGUAAGAGGACAUUUCAGUAACUAGUGUUACCCAGCAAACAGACAAUUUAAUGUCUUCAGAACAUAUCAUUUCUUCAUACAGGUAUCUCCUUUGCAAAACAGAUGUUUCUGUGAUCUUUUUUUAAACAUGUACAAAGUAAAAAGGAAUUUUUUUGUACGAGGUGUUUAUACUUAGAUUGUGAAGGUUAGAUAACUUAAACUGUGUAUUGUUCGUAACUGUAUUUAUUAAAGUUCUAGGCACAUGUCUUGUUCUGAACUAUGCUGUAAGUUUUGUGAAACAAUGCAGUAGUGUUUGUACUUGAUUAACAAAACAGCACUCUAAAAUAGCCUGGGAAAACAUGGAGAAAUGUCUCAUCAGCUGCUGGUAUUAUGUUCCAUGUGUUGGCACAAUACUUAAUUUCCAGGACUGUUUUGUAAUGGUUCAGUCUCUGAUCAGUUAUUUCACUGUUUUGAUUCAGCAUGUGCUUUAUGCUUGAUCCAGCAUAAGAAUGUGUUCAUUUUUUUAUCUGUUUUGCUGAACAGACAUAGGGAAGACCUCAGUCCCACAAAAAUUUGUGGCAGGUACCAAAGUCUUUGCAAGUGAAUGCUCUAUGUAGGCUCUGAAGCUGCAGUUACCUAGAUCAAUGGUUAACUGUACACCUUUUGAGUAAACCUGUUGAGACCGGGGGGACACUUAGCCUGUACUGGUAAAUCCAUGCUGCAUUUAGGCUUUAGGAUGUAUUUAAAUGCCACAGAAUUCUGCAGUAGAUCAGGGGACUCAUCUAGCCUGCAAGGAAAAAUAACGCUGCAUCCCCAAAAGAGCUGUGCUGGCAUGACCUUAAGAACUGUGUGAGAAAGGAGGGAUGGAGAACUUCUUUAGCUGAAGAUGCCAAUCUGUUCCCCCAAAAAAGCUAUGUAGAGCUGUAUCACUAGUUUAUCAACAUGAUUUAUGCUCUUAUACUCUGCCACACUCAGAUUUUGAGAGGCUGUUCCCUAUGGGUUGAAGUCGUUGGUUGAGAUGCUUUCACUUAUAUUUAACAGCUACACAUUGUAAAGAUGUUUAACUGUGUUUUGGAUUUUACAUGUUUUACUUGUUGGGGCUGCUGCUGUUAUUUAUUUAUUUAUUUGAAUAGCUAUUGUGCUGAAGUGACUUAGAUAUGGGAUUGUGAAAACAUUUGAGGUGCUGGGCUGAGUCCUUCCUUCCACUGAUCACAGGAGGGAACUGGGACUCCCGCUGCACCGAUGUCUUUUUCCUUGCUAAUGUGCCACAUUUCAGUUCCUCCCAGCAACGAAUGUGUUUGACAAAAAGAUGAAGAUUGCUGCUCUUUUGUAACAACCCUAAGGGUCCCCCAAGUUGUGAACAAACUGUUUUGUUAUUACUGGGUGUCAAUAUUCGUUCAUCUGGAAAUGAGCAAGACUGACAAAAUUUUGUAUAUGGAAACAUGAAUGACCAGUAGGUAGAGCAGAAUUGAAAUAAGACUGCAGGGUUUGUUUUUUGUUUUUAAUGCUGGUUAUUGUGAAUUUUAUCUAUUUAUCUUCUGUGUAGAAUAAAAAUGGGUUCUGCUUUAAAAUGAG